ACAGGAUUUAGGUUGCUGUUACGGAUUUUGCUCGCAUCCGAGGAGGACGACAUGCCCUGCUAUGAUUCUGAAGACGUUCAAUUUCAAAGUUCAACUUGAAGGAGGCCACAUUCUUGGGACCCACAGACCGUCCACCCACUAGCUGCCUCUCCAAUGGCUUCUGCAGCUGCCCACGCGCGUCUUGUGUCGAGCUCUUUCUCCGGCCUUGCCCUGCCAGAACGACACGGCGGGCCUUGGCCAAGCCGGCCUUGUCCAUGCCGGGCGGUCAGAGCGGCGGCCCCCCCACAGGAGGGGCAUGCCCGGACUGCUCAGGGUCGGCCGCAGGGCGUACAGAGGGGGCUUGCAGCCACGCUGGCAGCGGCAGUGCUCCUGGCAGGCUCCCCGGCACUGGCCGACCUCAACAAGUUUGAGGCGGACACCCGGGGCGAGUUUGGCAUUGGGAGCGCAGUGCAGUAUGGCUCCGCCGAUCUCAAGUACACCAAGCAUGCCAACGAAAACUUCAGGAGGGGCAACUUCACGUCAGCCGACAUGCGGUAUGCGGACUUCAGUGGGUCCAACUUUGUGGGUGCCUACCUCGAGAAAGCGGUGGCUGCCGGCACAAACUUCGAAGGAGCGGACCUCACUGACACCUUGAUGGACAGAAUGGUUUUGAAUGAGGCCAAUCUGAAAGACGCGCUGCUAGUACGGGCAGUACUAACCCGUUCCGAUUUUGGGAAGGCCAAGAUUGAGGGGGCCGACUUCAGCGACUCGGUGCUCGACCUGCAGCAGAAACAGGAAUUGUGUAAAUACGCGAGCGGGACCAAUCCAGUGACCGGGAUGGAGACGCGCAAGAGCCUGGGCUGCGCCAACAAGCGCAAGCCCGCGUACGGGACACCGUCCGCUCCCGAGCUCAGUGGACCAUCAAACAAGUUCCUGACCCGGGAUGGCUUCUGUGACGAGGCAUCAGGGCAGUGCAAGAUGGGGAGUCUCAAGUAAAAGGUGCACGGAAUAGCAUUGGCACAAGACAGCAAGGAAGCUGCUCUGGGCCUGGUGAAGGUUGACCAAAGAGUUGAGCUCACUGCGAGUUGGUGUCAAAGUAUGUGGGCCCGUCUCUGGGUUACAGGUUGUAGAGCAGUGCGUGUUGUGUAUUCUUCAUCGGCACAGUUACUAAUUUUCGAGUUUUGCUUGAGCGAAAGGGGUAAUGUGGGCAUGCAAGCCGGAGUAGUAGCAUUGAAGCUUCUGACAGUCUAGCUUUAGGUUACUUAACCAGGUAAACCAGGUGUUCGAGGAAAGUCCUUCCCGGUUUUGUCGGUUAGGCUGCUUGACAGAACGGGCUGUACCACGAUCUUGCACAUUACUGCAACUGGUUGCUGCCCCCCGGGGCUCGUGAACGAACGAAUUUGUCAUCGAUCAUUGUACCAACGUGAAUGAAGAGCUUUUUGCAACGUGAA